AUGUUUUGCUCCGACACACUCUGCGACACGACCCCGGCUGUCAUCCAUUUCAUCAACGGCAUCUCCACUGCGUGUACAUCGCCCAGCAGCGGCGGUAGCGCACUACAAGAUGGACACUGCGAACAGAGUCCCCUGCCUGUCAUGGGUCAUAUUUUUCUCACGAGUCUUCUCUGUGUCUCGAGGCUAGCGCGCAAGCGCCAGCUUCUCCUGCAAAGCGUUCAGCUGCCAGCCUCGCCGCCGACAGCGUCUGCAACGCCGUCGGUGGAAGAGAUCAAGGCGCAGUCAAUGGGCCAGCCCCCGUCAGCAACAGCAGCGGGCAAUACAACCUUUGUGCGCCUGGUGCUUUCGCUCCUUGGACAAACAAUGACAAAGCGGGCCACCCCGGCGCCACGCGCCUCGGCCCCAGGCGAUGGCAAUGCCUCUCCGCAAGCCGCGCCACUGCCGUGGUGGCCCGCAACCUCUGCUCCUCGUCAGAGCACGCAAGACGUCGUGUACGUUGUUCAGUGCGUGGGGGGCGAAAGCGACGGUGCUGGCGACAACGCCGGGCUCUGUCAGGCACAUGUGCCCAGUGGGGGUCCUGCACCCGUAACAUCCAGCACAACCGCCAACUGUCGCAUCAUCUUGCGUUCGAGUCCGGUGCCCAUAUUUUCCUCAGAGAUGAUGGCUGAGUUGGCGCUGGACGCUGAGCAGUGCGCGUCUGUCGCAUCGAGGACCGGUUACGGCAGCAGAGCGCCGGGCACCGACAGCAGUGAGGAUGUGGAUGCCGAAGCUGUCGCUGACUCGUGGGUUGCGCGUGCCUUAGAAGUUUUCGACUCGUGCGUGCGCCACCACGAGGAGGCCUGUCUGCGUCAGAUUUCUAAGCUAGGAGACUUGCUGGAGCAGCUUCUUGAGAGGCCUGCUGCCGAAGUGCACAGCGCUGGCGAGGUGGCUAGUAAAGGCGCACCCUCUGCCACCACCACCAGUGACAUCUCUCAGCUUGGGAGUUGUGUCUCGCAGCUCUAUGAGUGGACCAUAGACGUCCCUAUCUACGGUGUAGUUCUCUGCGUCAAGGACACACAUGCUACUCGGCUGGAGCGCGUGCACCGCCUCACCACACCUCUGCUUCAGGCGGCGACCGGCUGCGGUGAUGCAGCAGGCGGACCUCUCGGCCCCGUAACGCAGGCCCUUGCCAAGCUGCAUACCUGGUGUGCUGCAUCAACAACAGCGGCGUCGUCGACCUCAAGUACGUCCCUCGGCACCCCUUCUUGCACCCCCGCAAUACGAACUCUCACACGCUCGCACGUGACGGAGUUGCGCCGAUUUGUGGCAGGCCACUUCGAGAAGCCUCAGACGGCAGCGGCGCGUCCGCUAGGGCCAGCCAACCCCGCCACCGUGAGUUACGGCGCUUCGCCGGCUUCGGCCACUCCUGCUUGCAUCGUGCACUGCCAACUCGGUGUGUCACGCAGUCCCAGUGUAGUGAUGCUCUUCUACAUGGACGUGUUCGCGCCACAGCUGCGUGCGGCUCUCUCAGCCGCAGCAGCGCCCCUCAGCAUUUUUGACGGCCUGCUGAGUGCGUUGGUGCAGGCGCGUCCCCAAGUCCGCCCAAAUGUGUGCUUUGCCGCGCAGCUUCUUUCGCUGUGGAAGCAGUGGAUGCGGUCCGGUACACCCGUCGGCCCCACUGGUGUCAUGUAG